AUGUCUGAGCUCAACACUGAACCUGCCAAGCAGGUGGAUGAGAACGUCCCAAGCUUGAAAACCCUCAAAGAUGCGAUCCCGAAAGAGUGCUUCGAAUCGUCUCUUCCUACAUCCCUCCUAUACCUGGCCCGAGACAUCAUCUACUGCGCGACACUCAUUUAUGCCACCUCAUUCAUUCAUUUGAUCCCAUCUUUGCCUCUUCGCAUCAUUUCCUGGACCACCUACGGAUUUUUCCAGGGCUGCGUUGGAACAGGGCUUUGGAUUCUAGCUCAUGAGUGCGGACAUGGUGCUUUCUCACAGUAUCAGAACCUCAAUGAUUUCAUUGGGUGGGCUACCCAUUCAUUCCUCAUGGUGCCCUACUAUUCAUGGAAGAUUACCCACGCUCGGCACCACCGGUAUACCGGCCAUAUGGAAAAGGACACCGUUUUCGUCCCCUGGACAGAUAAAGACCUUGCGACCAAGAAGAACGUUCAGAUCGAGAAGUUGAAGCAUCUUGCAGAGGAGACCCCCAUUGUCUCUUUCAUGCAGCUUAUUGGACACCAGUUGAUGGGAUGGCAGCUCUAUCUUUUCCUGAAUGUGACUGCUGGCACAAAGAGCGGACCGGAUGGUAAAGACAAGAUUGAAUUUGCGAGUCAUUACAAUCCCUCCAGUGCACUUUUCGCGCCCUUCCAGUGGAAAUAUAUUGCCUUGUCCGAUCUGGGAUUGUUGAUCAUGGGCUCUAUCUUGUGUUACACCGCAUCUAUCAUUGGAGCCUGGAAUAUCGUACUUCUGUACGUCAUUCCAUACCUCUGGGUGCACCACUGGCUGAUUGCCAUCACAUAUCUUCAACAUACCCAUCCUGCAGUUCCACACUAUACCGCAGAGGCUUGGACGUAUACGAAAGGUGCACUGGCAACAAUUGAUCGCACCACGGGUUUUAUUGGUCGCCAUUUCUUCCACGAAAUUAUUGAUUACCACGUUGUUCAUCACCUCUUCAGUCGCAUUCCCUUUUACAAAGCGGAACAGGCCACCAAGGCAAUCCAGCCUCUGUUGGGAGAAAAUUACCAUGAAGAAAAAGGAGAAAGCUUCUUGUACUCAUUGAUGAUGACUUUCCGAAAGUGCAUAUAUGUGUCAGAGAACAAGCGGGAGAGUGGACAGCCCGGCGUCUUACAUUUUGUGCUGGCGGACGACAGGAGGUGA